UACCAUGUUUUAGAAAGAAUGGAGCAGCAAGUCAUCAUUCGUGAGCCAAUAUUGACGCACGCCAUCUGAUUUCUAAUACACCAUCAACAAGGACGUGUAACUGGGAAGCUUUGCGAUAUAUAUUUCAGAACUUUGAGGCAAUUAAAGGCUAUUACACAACCAGGUUGAAAAAGCUCAAAUAUCACGGCUAUAGAAGAAGCAAGCAAAAAGCAUUGACCGAAAUGUGUAAACGGUUGUUUACAGAUAGCCAAAAAUACCAAGAAGGCAAUCCUGAUAUACAGCAAGCAAAUCAGCAAAAGUGGAAACCGUUAGCCCCUAGAGACAAUGCCGUGGCGUUUGGUUCUGCUCGGUUCGGUGGGCUUCGUGGGAAUGUACCUUCUCCAACAAAGGCAUUCAGAAAAGCUUUGCUAAAUUAUGUCAAAACAACCAGACGCAGACAGCCAAAUUCAAGAAAGUACGUCGUUAUGAUUGAUGAGUAUUUCACAAGUCUAAUAUGUCCCAGAUGUCAUACAAGAAGUACUUCCAACCAACGUGAUAACUCCAAUAUGAUGAUCCAUCCAAUUCUCAACUGUCAAACUUGCCUUAACAAUUGAAUAACAUUAUGUCUUGUAUAACAGCAAGACACCCUAUAUUUACAGAUUAGUUGACCUAUUGAAAAAAAAGUUUUCAUUCGCCCAAAAUUUAAAAGUAUCUCAAUAUGUCCUAUUUCCGUAUCGCCGUCCCACUUUCAUAUCUCUGUCCCAUUUUCAUAAUGGUGUCCUAAUUCAAUUUUGAAACGACCCGAUUUUUUUCUCAUUGGCCCAACCU